CCCUCCCUCUCGUCUCCUGGGUCUACUUUCGCUUUCCCAUUCGCCCCAGGCAGGGCUUGUCUUUCUCCUUGGCGGCACUCUGUGAGCCUGUUACUCAGCAAUGGAGACUGGAACAGGGAUGCUUCAGGAUUUGCUUCUAGAUGCUUUAGAAGACCUUGGAGAAGAAGAUUUAAAAAGAUUUAAAUUUAAGCUCCAUACCACAACAGCUCCUGGGGAUAAGAACAUUCCUCUUGGACGACUGGAAAAAGCAGAUCGGGAAAAUCUGGUUGGACUUCUGGUUGAGUUUUAUGAAGACAAGGCUGCUGUCCUGGUGGUGUCUGUUUUUGAAGACAUGGGUCUCAAGUAUAAUGCUUCCAAGCUCAGCAAGGCGAUUGGGAAGCGACUGGAAGGUUAUAAAAAGAAAUAUGCUGAGACUGUCAUGGAAGAAUAUCAACUGACAGAAGACCAAAACAGUCUGUUUGGUGAGAGCACCCCUUUGAAGGAACGCUAUAUAGAACUGCUUAUCAUCCAGAAGCAUCGGCCUCAAAAGCAUAGGGAACAUGAACUGUCUGCCACUGGCAGAUUGCACAUGGAGUUGUGGAAGAGCAACAGGUCUGAGUAUUCGCCAACUGACAUUGAAAGCCUCUUUGAACCAGAUAGUUCCGGAAGAACCUCAAGAACUGUUGUGCUGCAAGGACCUGCAGGGAUUGGUAAAACAAUGACGGUGCAGAAGAUCAUGCUGGACUGGUCUUCUGGGGAUCUCUAUCCAGAUGUUUUUGACUAUGUGUUCUGCUUCCAUUGUAGGGAAUUGAGGUUCAGGGAAGAGCCUCACAGCCUGGCUGACCUUCUUGUAGAGCAGUGCCAGGACAUGUAUGCCCCAGUGAAAAAAAUCUUAGCUCACCCAGAGAAGCUACUCUUUAUUAUUGAUGGCUUUGAUGAGCUUCGUUGCUUUCAGGAGCCUGGAGGAGACCAUUGCUGUGACGACCCUUAUUCAAAGGUGUCUGUGGAAAUUGUUCUGAGCAGCUUGCUGAGGAAGACCCUCCUGCCAAAAUCCUACCUAUUGAUCACCACAAGGCCUGGUGCUGCAGAAAGAUUGCGGGAGUGCUUGAAGUUUCCCAGGUUUGCUGAGAUCCUGGGAUUUUCAGAAAAGGGACGCCGCGAAUACUUUUUAAAGUUUUUUGAAGAUGAGCGGAAAGCACACAUAGCUCUGAGAUUCAUUGAAAAUACCAUUGCAGUGUCCACCAUCUGCUUCAUCCCAAUGGUGUGUUGGAUCAUAUGUUCUGUCAUUAAAGUUGAACUGGAAACUGAGGAUGAGAUUGCGGACACCUUGGACACCACGACAAAGGUCUUUAUGCAGUUUUCUCAUGCUCUCCUUAAGCAUGAUCCCAAAACACGGAUGAUCCCUGCUCUGAAGGAGUUCAGAAAACUCUGUUCCCUAGCAAGAGAUGGCAUCCUGGAGCAGAAAAUCCUUUUUGAGGAGCAAGAUAUCAAGAAACAUGAUCUGGAUGCUUCUUCUCUGAAAGACCUAUUUCUAGACAGAAGAACAUUCCACAAAGGGAUUGGACGGCACACCCUCUACAGUUUCCUGCACCUUUGCUUUCAGGAAUUUUUUGCAGCGAUGUGGUAUAUUCUGCAAGAGGAGUCAACAGAAGAGCUAGACAACAAUAAGCUGGACCUGAAGAGACUUCUAGUUGAGUGUGAGAAGCCAGGCAAUGAGCAUUUAACGUUCACUGUGCACUUUAUCUUUGGCUUAAGCAGCAGAAACGUGUGCACCUUCCUGGAGCAGAUGCUGGAGUGCAAGACUUCAUCGGACCUUGUAAAGCCUCUCUUACUGCAGAGAGCAGAAGAAGUGGCAACUGAAAAUCCUCCACGAAAAGGCCAUCACCUACUGAAGUUUUUCCACUGUCUGUUUGAGAUCCAGGAAGCUGAAUUUGCAAGGCGUGUGAUGAAGCAUUUCCAGACGAUUAACCUCUCUUUCAAUACACUCUCAGUGUUGGAUUGCCGGGUCCUGGCUUUCUGCUUGCAGCACAGUGAAAUUACGGACCACUCCAUUGAAUUAACCUAUUGCAGGUUGACCUCUCAUCACAUGAAGGCUUUGGCCUCAGGAAUAAAGAACUGCUCCACAUUAGAAUUUGGAAGCAACAGACUUGGAAACUCAGGAGUGAAAGUUCUGUGUGCCAUUCUGAAGGAAACAGGCUGUAAUGUGACUACUUUAGAUCUUGAUGAGAAUUUCCUCACAGACGCUUGCAUCCAAGAACUUUGUGAUGUGCUGAGCACAAGCCACACGCUCGAAACUCUAAGUCUCCAAGAAAACUCCUUCACAGAAGUAUCUGUGCCCUUUAUCCAACGCCUCUUAGAGACUUGCACCAGCCUAAUUUUUUUACGUUUGAGCAGUAAUAGUUUUGGUGAAAAAGGCAGAAAACGCCUGAAGCAGCUAGAAAAAAAGUUAACUCUGUUAGAACGUCGUUUUUUGUUGUGGAUGUGAUGAGAUAUUUGCUCCUGUCUACGCUGGAUCAAAACCACAACAUAGCUUCAAAGCCACAAAAACAUAAAGACUAACUUAAUGAAAAAGAUUGACAGACUGUGUGUCACAACAUGUUAGUACGUAGGCUGCAAUGUGUAGAUGUGUCACAUGACUGUAACAAGAGACCUCUGAACCUAUAUGAAAUAAGAAAUAAUAUAUUUUAAAAUAUAUAAAUACAAAAUUAUCCUAAGA